UGUAAAAUCGAAUUCGAUAUUUCCUUGCAAUUUGUUAAAAUUGUUUUAUUUAAUGUUCGAAUAGUUGAGUUAAUAAAAAAAGCAUGUCCGGGGAAUCAUCAGCGAUGGACUGUGUCGAGAGCAGUGAAAGAAUUGUUAAGGAUGUGCAGAAAGCAACCGUAGAGGCUGAAAAAGUUGCCGGGUCGCUGACAGGAGCAGAAAAAAAUAGUCUCGCUCACAUUGCGCCGGUGGGAGAAGAAGGAUAUGGGAAAGAUAUAGAUAUGAAAGACCUGACCCUCGAGUCAACCAGUUCGAAGACGAAUGAGGGUGAAAAAGAAGCGGAAAAUCGUAGGGACGAUCCCUGCAGUCCAAUAACGGAUGUAAACGAACCUGCCGUUAAGUCCCCCCUAGAAGUUGAUUCGGAUAGCAGUGUGGAGCUAAUCGAGAGUCCUGUAAAAUCGCCUUCCCCCAACGAAACUGCAAAAGAUCUGCCGAAACCUGAUAGUGCUAAUGGAACUGGUGAUCAAAACGUUAAAGAGGCUGAGGAACUUGCAGACAGUAGUAUCGAACUGAUCAGCAGUCCCGCAUCCGAAAGUUCUCCUGAAAGAGGUAGUGAAAGAAAGAAACAAGAGAAUCCGAAGGAAGCGCAAAUACCACAUUUUACCAGAGAGAAAACAGAAGCUCCUAUAAUGGAUGUAGACCAAAACGCUUUCAAUACAACCACAACAGAUAACUCUAAGGAAAGCAAAGCUAGCAUUGAAAUCGAACAUGAAAAAAAAACGAACCUACUUAAGGUUGAACUAGAAAAAUCCACUGUUCCAAAUGGCCCAGAGGACGAGCAACUGAAUGGACUGCCAACGGAUGGAGACAUCUUUUAUGGCAAGGACUGCGUUAACUGCAAUUGCAAGAGACUUCACAAGCAGUACGUCCUAACCAACAUGGCCACAUUGAACUUCUACAAGGUGCUUCGAAAAUCUUCCAAACAGCAGUUCCUAUGUAUGGGAUGCCACGACACCGCUAUGGAACUGUAUGAGGAAUAUGCAGGUUACCUUGUAGCCAAGCAGCCACUGCUGCUAAGGGAAUUUCAUCAGGAUCACGCCGACUUUGUGGCUCUAGACAGCAGCGAUGAGGAGGAGGAGGAGCAAAAGCAGACAGAAAUGUCGGACUUCUCCAAAAAGGAGUUGCUGUUGGUUGAGAAUGAGCUCGAAGAUGCCAUUAUGAGUGUGCUGAAUAAAGUGGAGUUUGAGAACCAAAUGUCCUGGUCAAAGACAAUUCUUCAGGCAAAGGCAGACCAUUUGGAGCAACAGUUUGCAUUGGCAGAUGCAGAACUUGAAAAGGUUCAGAGUACCUCAGAUAAGAUGCACAGCGCUCUGUAUAAUUUUUGUCCGGUGGUUCACGAACAUUUGCCCUCCCUAGACAUCGAGUCUAGUGUUAGCGACUUUGUGCAACAUGUACCGCCAGCAGGCGAAAUUAUACGACCACCAAUCCAAUUGGGCGAGACCUAUUACGCUGUGAAGAACAAAGCCAUUGCUAGCUGGGUGUCCAUAAAGGUGAUCGAGUUCACAGAGAGCACCGCCAUCAACGGCAACACUAUGAAGAGCUACAAGAUUAGGUACCUUAACGCACCUUACCAGAUGAUCAAGACAGUGACGGCCAAACACAUUGCCUAUUUUGAGCCUCCGCCAGUGCGACUGACUAUUGGAACUCGCGUUAUUGCGUACUUUGAUGGUACCACACUAUCGCGGGGCAAAGAAAAGGGAGUGGUGCAGAGCGCCUUCUAUCCAGGCAUCAUCGCCGAGCCGCUGAAGCAGGCCAACCGCUACCGUUACCUUAUAUUCUACGACGAUGGUUACACACAGUAUGUCCCGCAUCGGGAUGUCCGGCUUGUUUGUCAAGCCUCCGAGAAAGUGUGGGAGGACGUUCAUGCCGGUUCGCGCGAUUUUAUUCAAAAGUACGUUGAGAAAUACUCGGUGGAUCGACCCAUGGUGCAGUGUACCCGCGGCCAGAGCAUGAGCACCGAGUCGAACGGUACCUGGCUGUACGCUCGUGUCAUCGACAUCGACUGCAGCUUGGUGCUAAUGCAGUUUGAGGGGGACAAGAACCACACGGAGUGGAUCUAUAGGGGUUCCUUGCGUUUGGGACCCGUCUUUAAGGAAACGCAAAACACCCUGAACAGUUCAAGCUUACAUCAGAUGCGUGUCCCAAGGCGCACGGAGCCCUUUAUUCGGUACACCAAGGAGAUGGAGUCCAGUAUCCAAGUGAACCAGCAGAUGCGAGCUAUUGCCCGCAAGAGCAGCUCCUCUGGGCAAAAUGCUGCAUCAACAACACCCGCAUCCUCGGCAGCCACCAGUGCAGGGGGACGCCCCGGAGGUGUCAGUAAUAACGCCAGUACAGUGCGUCACCUUAACAACUCAACAAUUUACGUGGACGAUGAGAACAGGCCAAAGGGUCAUGUGGUUUACUUCACAGCCAAGCGAAACUUGCCUCCUAAAAUGUACAAAAGCCACGAGUGCAACCCUAACUGCCUAUUUAAGAUCGUGCAUCGCCUGGACAGCUAUAGUCCUUUAGCCAAACCCCUGCUCUCAGGCUGGGAACGACUGAUAAUGCGGCAGAAGACCAAGAAGUGUGUGGUAUAUAGAGGGCCUUGUGGUAAGAGUUUGCGCAAUUUGGCGGAAGUCCACAUAUAUCUACGUGCAACCGAGAACGUACUAAACGUAGACAACUUCGACUUUACGCCCGACUUGAAGUGCUUGGCCGAGUACUCUAUUGAUCCCUCGAUCGUUAAGGACACGGACAUAUCCAAGGGGCAGGAAAAAAUGGCCAUACCGCUGGUAAACUACUACGACAAUACGCUACCGCCCCCGUGCACUUACGCCAAGCAGCGUAUCCCCACGGAAGGAGUCCAUCUAAAUCUAGACGACGAAUUCCUCGUGUGCUGCGACUGCGAGGACGACUGCUCUGACAAGUCCAAGUGUGCCUGCUGGCAACUUACAGUGGCUGGCGUCAGGUACUGCAACCCAAAGAAGCCCAUCGAGGAAAUUGGCUAUCAGUAUAAGCGGCUUCACGAGCAUGUACCUACUGGAAUUUACGAAUGCAACUCGCGCUGUAAGUGCAAGAAAAAUUGCCUCAACCGUGUUGUGCAGUUCUCGCUAGAAAUGAAGCUGCAGGUUUUCAAGACGUCUAAUCGGGGUUGGGGCCUGCGAUGCGUUAACGACAUUCCUAAGGGCGCUUUUAUAUGCAUCUACGCUGGCCACCUACUUACGGAGACGAUGGCAAACGAGGGUGGCCAGGACGCAGGAGACGAGUAUUUUGCCGACUUGGACUACAUUGAGGUGGCCGAACAGCUGAAGGAGGGUUAUGAGUCUGAGGUAGAGCACUCGGAGCCGGAUCCCGAGGAAGACAACGGUGGGCCCGAUGCCGAAGACGAUGAUGACUUUCGUCCGAACUACCACUAUCAGCGCAAGAUCAAGCGCACUUCAAGGAGCAACUCUACACAGAGCAGUGAGUUAGACUCGCAGGAACGGGCCGUGAUAAACUUCAAUCCAAACGCCGAUUUGGAUGAGACAGUGCGUGAGAACUCGGUGCGAAGGCUUUUCGGCAAGGACGAAGCGCCGUACAUAAUGGAUGCCAAGACAACGGGCAACCUCGGACGCUACUUCAACCACUCUUGCAACCCGAAUCUUUUUGUGCAGAACGUUUUUGUGGACACCCAUGAUCUGCGGUUCCCUUGGGUGGCCUUCUUUUCUGCUUCCCACAUUCGAUCCGGCACAGAGCUGACCUGGAACUACAACUAUGAAGUGGGUGUAGUGCCCGGCAAGGUGCUGUAUUGCCAAUGUGGAGCUCCAAACUGCCGCAUACGUUUGCUCUAAGUUCACGUCGAAGUCCAAGCUCAAAAUGAAAUUUACCCAAUAAAAACAAUUUGAAUUUUAA